UAAGUUCUGUGACAUUUGAAAGAACUGAUAAUAUUGUUUAAUUACAGAGAUAAAAGGCAAAUAAAUAGGGAGAGAAAAUUUAUUUUCUUAUAAGUUAUAAAUUUCAAUAAUGAAGAGCUUCAACUGUAUUUUCUUCAUUUUUUGUUUUUCGAUUGGUGCAAUAUCAUCAGAAGAUGUAAUUUAUAAAGAAGGUCAGAAGUACAUCACUAAUUGCAUACUUUCCCCUAAAGAAUACUUAAUAUGGACAUACCCUAAUAACAGCAGAAUUGAAGAGAAAAACAACAAAAGUAAUAGAAUCUACACAGUUAGAGACGGUAAAGAAUUAGACCUCAUCUUUGAAUUUGCUUUGGUGAAAGACACGGGAGUGUACCAAUGCUGCAAUUUUGGCGAUAUAAAAAAUUGCAUGCAGCUGAAUAUUAGGGUCGUCGGCACGCCGAUAUUUGAACAAGAUUACGAAUCUCACCAGCACUUGGUUGAUGAUGAUGUCAGAUUACUUUGUCAAGCGAUUGGUUAUCCUUAUCCUUCGUACUAUUGGCUAGAUAAUUAUAAGAAUAAGAUGGAUGAUGUAGGAGAAAAUUGGGAAAUUUCUGACGAUACACUAAUAUCUAACAUAUCUAUAACAUCAAUAAAAAAGUCCCAAGAAGGAUUUUUUACUUGUGUGGCCCAUAACGAACAUGGAAAUGCAAGUAAACUGUAUUUAGUGGAUGUUAAUGAUAGACCAACUUCUGUCGAUUUGGACGUCGAAACGAAUUUCAUAACGCCGACGUCGAUUCAGUUUUCUGUUGGGUUGCAUAAAGAAUCGUAUAGUUAUUUAGUUGUAAUAUUUACAGAAGAAGCUUCUCAUAAACCGUCAAAAAUAUAUUGGCAGAUUGGCCAAGGCCAACCGUAUUUAAUUACCGAUCUGAAAUUCAACACCGUGUACGAAUUCAAGUUUGGUGUUUCUAAUGACGUAAGAUUAACGUCUAUUCUAUGGGAUAAACGUAUAUACAGAUUUCAAACCGCUAGAAAUAUCCCAAAUCUGAUAAUUGAAAACGUAACCGGUACAACGGUAAAAAUACAAUGGCCGUACCAUAAUCUUAAUGAUUUAUUUGGAUCAAAUGCACCCGAUUAUUAUCUCCUCACCUACGUUAAGCUUAAACAAAAAUCUGGGAACUUCUAUAAGUCUGAAUGCCCUAUGAAUAUUACAAUUCCUACUUGUUACGGUAGAAGUUAUACCUUUUCUGGAUUUACUCCGAAAGAAUAUUACAGAAUAGAAAUUCGAAUACAUUAUCCGUACGGUUGGAGUGAUACAAGUGCAAUAACCGUGUACACGGGUGCUUAAAUUCUUAUGGAUUUAAUUAUAAUUCAGAAUAUAUAAAAGUUUUAAUUGUAAAUU